AUGUUGAUUGAAGUUGGGGAAACAGACUUAAUAGCAAAAGAAUUCCAGAAACACGAGAAAUGCUAUCGUGAGUAUACAAGGACUGUACGAAAAGAAACGCUGGAAGAAAAUUGUGAUGAAAAAUUUGCUCGUGGUAAUUAUGACGCUGUUUUAUCUAUCGUGCAAAAUAACAUUCUAGAUGGACAACAGUGUAUUUCUUUGGAAACCUUGCAAACUGUAUAUGGAAUUGGCAUUGGGUCAUGACAAAGCAGACAUAAGUUAAAAGAGAGAUUACUUAGAGAUCAGCUUAUCUUUCUCUCACAAGAAUACCAUUCUCCGGUUGUCGUUAUCAGCAAAGAGUGUCUUCAGACGCAAACUUUGUCCAACACACUCCAAUUUUCAAACAAAAGCGUGGUUAAAAAAUCAGCGUUUGCUUUGAGAGACGUAGCGUUGAAGUUUAUUGACGAUGUAGCAGAUAACCCUUGGCCGCCAACCGUAGAGAGUCUAAAUGAAAGAGCAAGUAAAAUUCCUGAACUGAUAAAAUUUUUCUAUAUUCACCUGUUAUCAAAGAAAGAGCAACAUCACGAAGUUUCAGAGAGAGUCAACAGAUUGGCAGAUUCGUUCAGCCAAGACAUAUUAUCGGCAAUAUCUAACGGAAAGUUUAUUUCUUUAAAACAUGCGUCAGUUGGUCUUGGCCUUCACAGUAUAACUGGUCAAAAGUUUCCAAUCAAAGUUCUGGCAAGGUUAGGACACUCCAUCACAUAUGAUCAAAUUAAUCAAAUCGAGACGGCUCAAGCCGAACUUGUAGAUCGUUUUCAAUCCUUAAACCUCAGUCUGCCUUUACAACCAGCAAUGGACGGAUGCAAGGUGAGUUGAGCUGUAUUAAAUAUGAAUUUAAGUUCGAAAUAUUGAAUAUGCAAAUGUCAUGUAUAUAACGUAGCCUAAUUUUCAAACCAGCAUGAAAUUAAUAUUAUAUUUUAUGCAAUCCUUUUAUAUUUUUAGGUUUCAACCAUAUUUUGGUGGGAUAAUUUUGACAAAAACGUCGAGACUGCACUAGGAUCUGGCUCUGUGCACACAACUCCAGGCAUCGCGUUCCAAGAGGAGAGAGAUGGUAGUGUAGUGCGCAAUGAAGAGGUCAGCAUACCUAAAUCUAACAGAAGGUCAUUUCAUUUCACAAAGGAGACAGGCAACGCGCACAUUCACGCAACCAUUCAACCAAAGAAAGAGCCGCCGUCAUUUGCAGGGAUGGAUAUUAAUGAAGAGGAUCCUGAUGCUGAAAAAUUGUGUUCCAACUAUUUGUUCAUGUGGAAAUCAGUGAGAUUUGUCAGUUCCGGUGAUCAGAUUCAUCCACGAUUCUCGGGAUGGAUAAUAACACAACUACAGAAAGCGGAGAGCAAGAAGACCUCCAUGACAUAUCUGCCACCUAUCUCAACACCGAUAACAGAAUAUGAUACCAUUAUUCAGCUGUUCAAGGUAUCAAGGGAGCUCGCAAAGCAGUCGAAUAUGUCUUAUACACACAUCACCUUUGAUGUUGGAGCUGCUAUUAAAGCCUUUCAUGUGAUAUGGAACAGGCCCACAUUCUGGUCAGAUAUUGUAAUACAUUUGGGGGACUUCCACGCUAUGAUGGCAUUCUUUGCAGUAAUUGGUCGUCUUGUUUCAGGUAGUGGAUUUGAGGAAAUAGUGUUUCAGGCUGGUUACUGCACAUCUGGAAACAUCACGGGUGUCAUCAGCGGUAAGCAUUAUAACAGAUGCUGGCUUGUCCACGAAGCGUUCUCGGAAGCGCUAGAAAGGCUAUUUUUAGUACGAUUUUUGCCAAAUAUUCCAGAAGUUGCAGCCGAGUUCGCAAGAGCGCCUGCUGGUUCGAAGAAUGUUCGAGAUAUCCUUAGUGACGAGAAUGUAGUUUCUCACAUUCACUCGUAUGAGACGCUAAAGGAAAGAUGUUUGAAAGGUGAUUUUGGAAAGACUCCCUAGUUUUGGAUGAUAUAUAUGGAUCUAGUUGACAGCCAAUGUAUGCUGCAUUUUGCCAUUAACAGCAACAACUUCAGUCUCAGAUUAAUGAUGUGGAAGAAAUUUUUACCGCUUUGCUUCGCGACGAACAGAGUACACUAUGCACGGUAUGGUACCUAUUAUUUGAAGUCACUAGAAUAUUUAGAGAGCACUCAUCCUGGGGCAAGAGAAGAGAUAGAAAAUGUUGGCUUAUCGAUUAGACGGAAUACAAUAGGAAUUGGUCAGGCAGUGGAUCUUGCCGGAGAGCAGACCUACAUGCGAAAUGCGAAAACGGCAGGUAGAGUAUGCAAAUAUCUUGAAUGGUCAAUGUAGUUUUCGCUUACCUCAAUCAGUCGAUCAGUUUCAUUCGGUAAAGCAAUCCUCGUUGACUAUAAUACCUUUAUUAUACUUUGUAUUCUGAAGCAAAAUCAUGCUGCCAUUGCCAAAACCUGUUGUUGAAUUUUCGCUGUCUAUUUUAGGUGGUGUUACGCAGUUUGCGGUAAAAGAAAGCACAGUAGCGAAGUGGGUGAUGAAUAGACCUUACCAAACCAGAUUCGCAGAGUCUUUAAUGGAAAUUGCAGGGCUAACCACAACAACUUCAAACCCAAAGAAAUGCCUGAGGCCAAGCGAGAUUUUGAAAUCUGAAAAGAUGGUUGACAACGUCCUAUCUGCAUUAGAAACACAAUUCAUCAACCCUUUCCGCCCUGACUUGGAACCUGACAAGCUCUACAACUUAGUCCCUGGUUACCCGGCUCCAGAGAACGUAUGCAAGUGCCUACUACAAAUUGGGGCAACUGGAAAAGAACGCAUGGAGGAAUUUGAAACCAGAUUAACGGAUAAUACAUCCGAGGAAAAGUUUUUCAACCCGAUAAAAAAGUUGCGCUGA